AUGGUAGCAGCGGGAAGCGGCCUUUUGGAGGAGGAUGGGUCGAUGGUCACCGGCUUCGGUGACAAAGCCUCCGAUCUUCGCUCGUUACUCACCUUCGACAAGAUCAAGCUCAUGCUUGAUGAGGAGUACGAAGGUGGUAAAAUGCACAGCGUUUCGAGAGACCUGGCAUUCGUGCUGUCCUUUUCUUGCUUAGAGAUCAUCUUAGUCGCGGCUUCAGCUCGAAAGGAUGGAAGAAAGAACCGAGCGAAUUCUAAGGCUGUUGCAAACGAACUCAAGGACCGUAUUCGACAUCUUGAGGAUCUUCUUCGGCAGACCAGACCAGACCAACUAAUCGAUGAUGCACUCCAUUCCCCAGCGCAACCACCACUACAGCAAUUUGAUUCUCCCCACCCUACCGAAUCCGAGUCUGGAUCCCAACUCACUCCGACCUACGAUGAAGAGCCCCCACCUUACACGGACACAACUCAACCUAUCACAUCGUCUCAAUCCCAGUUCCAACGAAGAGAACAACAAAACAGAUCUAUGCUAGCCAAGCUCAUCCCUCACCCCGUAAAGUUCGAUAUGUCGGCCGGUCGCGUCCGCUUUUUCGGCCCCACAACAAACAUGCACAUCCUCUCACGCCCGGCGUCCGACACCUCACGCACCCUCAGCCCUUUCUGGCCCAUUUCCACCCUUGUGCGCAGCCUCAGUCCCGAAACGCACGACUACCUUAUUGACCUCUUCUUCGAUUGUCACAAUUCCGCGCUCCACAUCGUGCACAAGUGGGCUUUCUUCGACGAUCUCAGAACUGAUGGCACGCAGUUCUAUUCGAAUUUUCUGCACAUGGCGAUGCUUGCGGAAGGAUACCGGUAUUCGGAUAAGAGGAGAGAAGAUAUAAAGAAACUUGCGGCGCCGGAGGGGACACCUGAUUCGAGCAUUUUCCAUUCAAAGGCGAAGAAGAUGGCGGAGCAAGAAUACUGGGCCUUAUACCUCGGUCGUCCGACUAUGCUCAAAUCCUCAGAUAUUGCGCCCACUUGUCUAGAGAAGGACUUUGACCGCCUAAUCGAGAGCCAGACGCGUACUCAAGCGUACGAGAAGACGAUCGAGACUCGCGUCUACGAAGCACUACUGCAACUCAUGGAUCUACUCGAACCUCUCUGCCAGACUACCUCAAUCAGCAAGAAUGCAAAACCCUCCGACGCUUACCUGAAAAUAGCAACGCUAGAUCGUACAUUAAACGACUGGUAUGCGGACCUACCCGAGCGGCUGCGCUGGACGGAAGACAAUGUCCGCACAGCACCAUCGAGCUUUUACCUAUUACACACACAAUACCACACAGCCCUCAUCCUCAUCCAUCGCACCUUCCCCACCCAACUUUCCACCCAAAACCCCUCCUCGCACUCCGGUUUCACAGACCUCAGCACGCUCUCCCACAAUCUUUGCGUCAACAACGCCAUCCGCAUCUCGGAAAUCAUCUCUUCUUACCGGAUUCGUUACCCACUGCAGCGCAUCUUCGUGACCGGCCUACAGCACGUCGGCACGGCAGCCACAGCUCUUAUGGCCGAGAUAAGCAUGCUGCAAGGCGAGCAGGAGAGCCAAGAGCGCGAGCGGUUACUUGGUUGUUUGGGUGGGCUGAGCGAAGAUAUGAAGACAAUGAGUGAGACAUAUCAGCCUGCAGUACUAAUGGCGAGCGUAGUCAGUCACUUCAUUCGCGGGCCUGGUGAAGUCUCAACCUCAACCACGAAUUCUUUACCCCCUCCAACGCAAAGAGAUCGCGCCCUCCCCUUCGGCCCAGAGCUGUCCAAAGACCCCGUUCCCCUAUGCUUCUCCACCUGCGCAAGCCGCGAAUCUGCAUCCACUCUCGCCUUUGCAGACCCUGCAGCUCUCUUACCUCGAGACUCCGCCACGCCGCUCAGCGGACAGCCCUCCUUGUUCGAUAUCAGUGGGGGACUCCCGAGUUUGCCGAGUAGUUGGUUCGAGGAGUUGGAUUGGGAGGGGGAUAACCAAUUUUUGAGCUUGAUGGGGUUAAAGGACAUGCAGGGGGUGAGUAGCGGGGCCGGAGGCGGGCUCAGGGAUGGAUUUGAAUUGGCGGGUGGAACGGAGGAGUGA